CGGGUCACGGUAUUUCGAAUUUUAAUUUGAAGGCAAAAUCCGAAAACCGGAUAUCUUAAUGUUGCUGCGGUGACGCUUAUAAAACAAAGCUUGAUAUAGCUUCGGAUUUCGACUAGAGACCAAAGUCUCGGGCGUUGCCAGUUGGUUGAAGCUUACAUUACAACACUGACCAUUUCCAUUCAGUGCUGCAUUGGCACUUUUGUGCCAGUUCAUUGUUCGGGAAAAAAUAUGUAAAUGCAUGUUCCAAAGAAUGCAGGCUCCGACAGUAGUACAAAACGGUUUGCGUUGGCCGGGAAUCGAACCCGGGUCAACUGCUUGGAAGGCAGCUAUGCUCACCACUAUACCACCAACGCUGACAGAAAAUGUAGGAGAAACAUGACCAAUUUCAAACUAACGUUCCUAGUAGCUACUUGCGAGCGCCCCUGCGAGUGCCCCUUCUUCAAGAUGGAUUUAUUUGACGAUCUUCCAGAACCAACCCAAAGCGCAGCCCCGGUCUGCCCUGCUUCAGGUGGUACAGAAGACAUGUCCACCACUGCUGGAGAACAGGGGGCCAAGAGGAAAAGAGAGGCACCCGAUGAUGAGGAGGUGGUGGUGGUGGACGAACAAAAACUAGAAGAAAAUAAAGUUUGUAAAGGUGUGCCUACGUUGAAGGGGUAUGUAGCCACUCAGAGGGGAGAGAGAGAGGAGAUGCAGGACGCUCACGUUCUCCUACCUGACACGAAAGCCUGCCUGUCCACCCUUCCAACUACAGUGUCUCGUCUGGCCUACUUCGCUGUGUUCGACGGCCAUGGAGGAGCUAGAGCUUCUCACUUCACUGCAGAACAUCUUCACCACACUCUGGCCUCGAAGUUCCCCAAAGUAGAAACGGAGAACCUGGACAAACUGGUGAAGAAGUGCCUACUAGACACCUUCCGACAGACAGAUGAAGACUUCCUGAAAAAAGCCUCCAGCCAAUAACCUGCCUGGAUGGAUGGCUUUACAGCCACCUGUAUGUUAGUGGUGGAUGACAUGGUGUAUGUGGCCAACCUGGGAGACAGCAGGGCAGUUUUCUGUCAGAUGGAACGAAAUGCAGGGCAGGGCAUACUGGCGCUCAGUAAGGAACACAACCCCACAAUAUACGAGGAGCGCAUGAGGAUCCAGCGGGCUGGUGGCACAGUCAGGGGUGGGCGAGUCCUUGGGGUGCUGGAAGUGUCCAAGUCUAUAGGAGAUGGACAGUACAAACGCAUUGGAGUCAUAUCCACACCCGACCUCAGGCGCUGUCAGCUUACACCCAAUGACAGGUUCAUUAUCCUGGGCUGUGAUGGUCUGUUUAAAGUGUUCUCUGCAGAGGAAGCUGUUAAAUACGUUCUCAACGUCCUGCAGAAUGGGAGUGUUGAGAGGAAGGAGGGGCAGACAGAGGAGGAGGGCCGCUAUGAAGCAGCAUGUCAGAGACUGGCCAGUUGUGCCGACAACGUUACCGUCAUACUGGUGUCUGUUAGCUUCUGAACAACAGACACCCGAUCUUGCCCGUCAUUGAUGUGUCUGUCAUUGCGUGCCUCUGAGAGCUAUGUCCACCGUGGCUCCAGACCUUAAAACAUGAACAGAUCCCACUGCUGCCAGCAACAGACAAACAUCAGACAUGUUGGUCAACCAUUCAUUUUAAAAGAGGUGUUCUAAUCUCUAACUCAAUGUGAACUGUAUACCCUACGCAUGUAUGCAAUGCAAUUGCUAAUUGCUUGUGUUGCGUACUUGCGUAGGGUGUAAAUUAGGCUUAAUCCUCUGUACUGCCCUGUACUGCUUAUCCUGAUGACUACUGAUGAUUUAAAUGGGCUUUGUUUUCUGUCUAAUACAUUGUCUUGUCUAAUUUGUGCACAUGUUGUUUUAUUGCCUUCAAUGUUAAAUUUGUAUUUUUCUUUGGGUUACUUUUAAUAAAGUAUUUCAGAACAGAA